GCGAUCCUUCCUCGGCCGUCUCUAUAUCAUUUUCAUCGAUUCCGUUCAUCUUCUUCUCCUCCUUCUAUUCCUCAAUCCUCUUGAAUCCGAACUCUGAUUAUCCUUAUUCUACUCUGAAAUCUGUGCGAAUUCUCCAUUCUCCGACUCGCACCAAACAUUCCUUCAUUUUCGUUUUUCUUUUCAUCGAUGGAAAUUGUUGAUUACAGUGAACACCGGCUUAAGGUUCAAGCUUUUUUGUCACUCCCUCCAUCCGAAGCUUUACCUUCAAGUCCGAUUCCUCAUGGUCUUUCAGAGCCUUCGCCAACCGGAGGUUUCCUUUUUUCCGGUGAAGAAGUCGCUGAUUAGCUCGACCGAAUCGAACGUUUUUUCUUCUAUAGUAGAAUUCCCUCUGUAAAAAAUUAGUCACCGCUGCUUUAUACAUGGCCGGCGAGCCUCUCCAGUUUCUGUACGGUAUGGAAUAAAAUUGGGAGGAUUUUUCGGAUCAGCUAGAACGCCAAUUUGGUAAAAUCAUCCGACCGGCAGUGGUGGUUAAUGUGUGGGAAGCCGGCGAUUUAGAGUCAGACCAAGGAGGAGCGUUGGUCACCGCUAUUGAAGAGACUGAUGAUGUUGUAGCAGUGGAAUCGUAUGAGUCAUCGAAAUUUUCUGAAGUCGCAGUGGGUGAUGAUUCAUCGGAUUCUUUGGCCGAGGCGCAUUCAACAGCUUCAGAAGAAAUUGAUGGUGGUAUGGUGGUUGAUUCGCCUACUGACAACUCGGUCGACAACUUGGAUGAGAAUGGUAACCCUUCUGAUUCUCAGAAUGAUUCAUGUGGAACUGUAUCUGUUGGUUUAAACGUUAAGCAUGCUGAAUUCUUGCAAGUCGAGGUUGGAAAUAGUGAAUUGCCAAGGGCUAGUUAUCUGAGUAUUCCACCCAUUGGUGUUUCUGUGAUUAUGUUUGAUGUUGAUGUUCCGUUCGAAUACGCAAGUUCCACCUGUGUAAAUUUUGAUAAAAAUGAAGAAACGAGUUUAAAACUGGAAAUGAUUGAAAGUGUGGAACAUAAUGAUAAUCAUUCUACUGUUGGGGAGUUUGGAUUAUUAUUAACUGAUUUUAGAGGGGGAACUGCGGAUUCAAAAGUAUCAGUGUGAAUCCUAUGGUUGUUACUCCUGAAUGCUCGAAUGAAGAAAAUGAAUACAAGAAUUUGGCUAUUGAGUAUGUUGCUGCGUGUUUAUUUUCUGAAAUAAGAAAAAUGUUUAGACCAGGGGAUAUAUGUUGGAGCUUGACUGAGCUCAUUCCUAGUGAGCCUGAAGCAGAACCAAAGUAUGUAGCUAAGAGUUUGAAUGGUGUUGUUACGACUGUUUUGAUGCAUAAAGAAAUUUCGGCUUACUGGUUUCAGAAUGAAUUUCUCAAUACUGGAAAGUCAGACCUGAGUGGAAGUAGUAAUGUAAAGAGGUUUGUUCUUUAUGAAUUGGAUAAACUUGUUAAUAAGAUUGAUUUAUGCCAUGAUAGUUUGAACUUUAGUGGUGUUAUCUUGAAAGAAGUAGAUGAGAUUAAUACUGAAUCCGGGAAUCUAUUUGAUGAUAAUAGUUCGGUAAUAUGGAAUCUUAAAUGUGCUACUUAGUUGGGUUAUGCUAAUGCUGGGAAAUUCAUUGCUGCAAACAUGUGUUUGUUGGCUGAAAAUGUUGUUCUGAAUUUGGCUUGUGAAUCCACAUUUGAUCCUUGUUUCUUAUUUGAAGUCAAUGCUGGUUCACAUGAGUUUCUGAACUCUUUGAGUGGUGCAAAUGUGGGCUGGGUAACCGAAAUUGAUCAGGGAGGAUCAAGGGGACUAAUUGUUAGCUGUUUUGGUUGGAAUUGCUACGAUAACAUAGAAUGUUCUAUCAAUAUUGAAGUUUCGCCUGAGUAUCCUAAUGUUACUUAUGGGAUUUAUUAUAGCUGUGAGAACACUAGUUUAAGACUGGAAAAAUCUAUAAUGAGUGCAGUUGAUGCUGUUGUGGUAACAUUGAAUACUAGUUCUGAUUAUGAGGGUUGUGUUGCUGUUUUGAUGCCAUGUGAAGAAUCAAUGUCUAUGGGAUAAAUCGGCAUGUAUUUUUGAUCAUUUUGGUAUACUUGAUAUUAUGGAUGGAGUAAUCAGUGAUAUUAAUGAAGUCAUAGAUGUUAGUACUAGUAUUGGAAUUCAACUGUACUUCUUUGCUUAUGAUCCUGGUGACACUGCUUGCUAUGGUGUAGCCAGUGGUAGCUGUAAAAUUGAUUGUGAAAGCAUCCCUUGGAGUGGUUAUUUCCUUGGUAAUCAUUUUUAUGAAUUCUUUGAUCUGCCAAAGUUUUGUGAUGCUGGGAACUAGUAUUGGUAUAUGUAGAGUGGUAUCUGAAACUCUUGCAGCUGGGGAAAGUAAAAAGAUUCUCGGCACCAAUGAUCGAUUCAGUGAUGGCAAUGCAUCUCUAAAGUUUCUGGUUUAUGAUUAUGCUCCUGUUUGGAACAACUGUGUCAUUGUGCAAUAUGAACCUGGAAAAAUGACUGCAUACGUAGUUUCAUUUGAUUGGGUUUCUGUUGCAUUUGGUGAAGUUAGUAAAAUUUUCAGUAUGGAAAAUUCGGUUUUGAGCAAAGGUCAUAGAAAACAGGAACUGGCUCUGUAUGAAAUGAAUGGUGACAUGGGUGAACUUGCAUAUGUUUUUGAUCAUCUGCUUAGAGUUAAUGAAAGAGCGUUGUUAAUUAGCUGUCCAUACAGCAAAAUGUCUUGUGUUGGAAGUAAGUUUACAGUGAAGGGAACUACAGUUGUGAAUCUUAGCAGGUUAAUUGGCACUAUGAAUAUGAACUACAGAUGUUUGGUCGUUCAGAAUGAUCCAACAGUAGCCCCUUUGAUACUGAAUUUCCUUUGGCAGCAACUAAUGAUAGUUGAUGUUUUUGAAGACCCUGUUCCGACAGCAAGAAGUGCUCUCUGUCCAGCUAAGUCACUUCUUUGGCAGCUACCAAAGCCGAAUUUGGCACCUAGUUUAGAUGCAGCAGGUACAACAAAGAAGGGAGUAAGUAGAACUGAACUCCUCCCAAUGAUUUCUCGCUUAACACUUACAAACAGCUGCUUAUUUGCAUUUGAUCCUGGUGGAAGCACAGACAGUUUGCUGAGUGAUUGUGAUGAAAUGCCUUAUAUGUUUGGGAGUCACAUGUUGUGGAGUGUUUGGGAUGAAGAAGCCACUUGUUUCAGAGGCGGGACAAGUCUUUUCGGAGGAAGAACCGCAGCAAUGACAGGAAUCAUUGAAACGAACUUCAUUUGGUUGAUCGCCUGGCACAAUUAAUUGUUUCCUAGAUCAGUCUUUCAUUUUUAUAUUUCCGUAGUGCUAAUUUCUCUCAUUUACAGUCAUUCGCAUUUGGUGUUAGUUUAUUGUCAGCUGUCAUAGUUACUGAAGUUGUAUCCAGUAGUAGUUUUCUGAAACACAGUCUUGGUCCCCCAGACUGUUUUAAGGGUUUGUCAUGUCCCUGGACUUAUUUGUUAGGAUUAGAAACUAUAGGGGUUAGUCAUUUUCAGAAAUGUGUGGACUAUAUAUAGUCCUUAGGUCUGUAAAAUUAAUUAUCGAAAAUAUUAUGUCAAAUUGGAAUUUUCCAAUUUCUUCUCUCUACUUCGUUCUUCUCCCAACCUGAACACUAAAUCUUCAACCUCCGAUCAAAUUCUUCCUUUUUCUGUUUUCCGGCCACCCAAAGUCCCCCGGAGCGUGACA